AUGUAUAAAUUAAUUUUACUAAUUGUGUAUGUUUAUUCAAAGCAUACAUUUUCUGAAGAUUCAAAAGUGAAAUAACUAAAUAAUACUGAAUUUUAAUAAUUCAACAUAGGUAUGUGUAAAAUAAUUAAAUUAUAAGGUCGAGACAAUCAUUCAUGGUUUAUAUUAUUUUAUAGACCAUCAUGUCCACAUUGUUAAAAGGUUUUACCAGUAUGGGAGAGUUUUGCUGAUUUUAAUUAAACAUAAGGUAAAAUUGGGGCUGUAAAUUGGUACUAUUAAAAUUAAUUCAAGCGAGGUUGAAAAAGAAUUAUGCAAAUUAUUUUCAAUUAAUGCAGUACCAACUAUGAUUUUAAUUUCUGAAGGAGGAAAUCUUCAUCAUUAUAGUGGAAAUAGAACAAAAGAAUCAUUCAUAUCAUUUCUUGAUAAAAAUUGGUAAAAUAAUGAAAUGGAAACUCCACCUGAAUAAGAUCAAUCGAUUUUUGAUACUACAACAAUCUUCAUUUUAUUGUUGUUAAUAUUGAUUGCCUUUCUUAUAUGGAUUUACUUCUAAGAGAAGUAUGAGUAUUAAUCAAUAAACAGCUAAGUGAAUCAAAGUUCAAUAUUGGAAAUGCCAGAAAUCAAUAAACCUAUAGAAAUCUGAGUUUACAUAAUUUCUAUUAGCUAUAUUUAUUUUAAUCAUCA